AAAAGUGAAAAGAGCUUCGAUCAAACGCGGUUCAUUUUACGAGUAAACGAGCUUUCUUUUUAAAUCGAUGACAUCCAAUUCACGAUGAAGUUGGUCUCCAUUAGUGUUUCAAUUUCACUAAUUUUCCUGUUUGGUAUAUACGAUUCUAAAGGAGAAAACGAUGAAAUUCAUGCUGGGACAAAGGUAAAAAAACAAAAGUUAUCGACGCCAGAAGAGUGUGCGCGCCAGUGUACAGAAGGUGAAGAGCCCAAAACAUGUCACUACCAUUUCACAGUCGAAUACUUUGCAACCUUAACGAAAGCUUGUACCUUGUGUACAUCAAAUACAACGACAAGAUUAGUACCGGAUUGUCAGUGUGUUACGGCUGAUGGAUAUGAGACAUCAAGCAUUCUAACAGCAAACAGAAUGUUCCCAGGACCAGCGAUAAUGGUUUGCCAGAAUGAUUAUGUGGUAGUUGAUGUUACCAAUAGAAUACCAGGUACUGGACUGACUAUUCAUUGGCAUGGAUUGUUACAAAAGAACUAUCAACAUUACGAUGGUGUCCCGUACAUAACUCAGUGUCCGAUUCAGGAGGGCACAACAUUUAGAUAUCAAUUCAGAGCAAAUAAUGCUGGUACUCAUUUUUGGCACUCCCAUGUUGCUCUCCAAAAAGUUGAUGGCCUUGUAGGACCACUCAUUGUGCGACGACCUAAAAAUCAAGAGCCCUUUAAUAACAUCUGGGAUUUUGAUGGACUUGACAAUGUUAUAAUGGUUACCGAUUUCAUUCACGAAGGUGCCGGAAACCGAUUUCCCGGUACUUUAAUUCGAAAAUCUGGACAAUUGCCUGACAGUUUUUUCAUCAAUGGAUUAGGUCAAUGGACGGAUACCAUGACCGGAACUACAACGAAUACUCCACUAGCUAGGUUUAACGUAACCGCUGGCCAUCGUUACCGAUUUCGAAUGAUAAAUAGUUGUGGAUUUACGUGCGCGGUUCAGAUGACUAUUGAAGGGCAUAAUUUAACGGUUAUAGCGACUGACGGUAUUCCGAUCAAGCCGGUACUCGCUUCCAGCAUCACAUCAUCCUCUGCCGAACGUUAUGAUUUCAUUCUCGACACGGAUAAAGAGCCUAAGCAUUAUUGGAUACAACUCCGUGCUCUCGGUGCUUGUGGUGUUCCAAAGAUACAACAAUUGGCUAUACUGAGUUAUGACUCAGCGCCGGCACGCCCAGAUUGGACAAAACCCACCUACGACGUUGGCCUUGAUCCUGGUAUCAUACUGAAUGCAUUGAACGUUCGCUGUGACGAUUCAGAAAAUUCGUCCAAAUUCAUCUGCCUUGAUCAACUGGAAAGUGCUGAAGAGAUGUACAAUGGAAUGGUCGAGGAGGAGUCUGCCAUUAAAUUAUAUGUGCCCUUUGGAUUUCAUACGUAUAGUGAAGAAGAGAUUUUCAAGGCAGGCACAUAUAAAAGAUUUUUAGUUGCAAAUCAUCCUAUCGUGGCGUUAGUGGGCAAUAUAUCUAAUGUACUACCGCCUUCUCCGUAUCUCUCUCAACGACUAGAUAUCCCAGAAGAUCGUAUCUGUUCGAGUAACAAUUUGCCGUUAAGUUGUCAACACGAAAUACCCUGCAAUUGUUAUCAUCUUGAGAAAAUUCCUCUAAAUUCGCUUGUUGAAAUCGUUCUUAUAGACGAAGCUCAAAUACCGGGUCUUUCCCAUCCAUUCCACUUACAUGGACACAUCUUUCAUAUUAUAAAUGAAGGGCGAGCAAAAGACCACAAUAUAACGAGCAUUAGCCUUCAAAAAAUUAUAGAACUAGACAGAAAUGGAAUGUUGAAGAGAAAUUUCAAAAAACAAGUGUCCAAGGAUACAUACGCAGUUCCAAACAACGGCUACUCGAUAAUUCGAUUUCGAGCUGACAAUCCAGGCUAUUGGCUGUUUCACUGUCACUUCGUCUAUCAUCUUGAAGUUGGUAUGGGCCUUGUUUUUCAAGUUGGUGAGCACAGCGACAUGCCAAAAACUCCAGAACAUUUCCCGAAGUGCAACAAUUUUGUUCCACAAAUAAGCGAUCCAUACGAGAUGUAUCAAGGGGAGCAAAAAAAUGCAGUACCAAAGCUACCAGAAAAACUGUUAGCAAUGUAAAGAAGAGCGCUUGCACCUCAAGGGUUUCAUAUUAUGGAUCGUAUGCAAUUUACAGUUUAUAGUGCUUGGUUGUAUGCAUUUCACAAGUGUCGGCAUUCAAAAAUCAAUCAUUUUAUUCUUUCUGGACAACCAGACCGACAAUUCAUAUAUAUAUGCCAAUGGACAAGUCUUAGAAUCAUGCUAAAUUCUAACUAAUCAAUAUUGUUUAUCUGUCUAUUUGGUUGUUUAGUCGUGAUCAUACCUGCCGAAAAGUAACUAGAGGGGGUGAUUUUGAAAGUUUUAAGAGGAUUUCGAAAAUGAUUAAUAAGUUCAAUUGUUGAAGUAUAUUAAGUGCUGAUUGAUUAAAAACUUGUAGCUUAGAGCAUAUUGAUAACAUCAAUUUUACAGCAAAUAAUCACCUCUCGAGAAAUUAAAUUCGGACAAGUACAUCGACAAUCGAUUGUUUCCGCGUUAUACCACAAAAAAUGUAGAAAAAAAUCUUACGCCUCACUGAAACCUAUUUUAAAAAAUGAAAAAACUUCAAAUAUACUACUAAAUAACAUUACAUUCCCGAAACCUCCAAACACCUCGUUUUAAAACAUUUUGAAAAUCGAUGCCACAUGUUUCUUAUUUUAUUCUGAUGGAAAAAGAACUUAAACAAUCGAAAAAGUUACUAUUCAAAUUACAUGUAGCACCAAAAUUCAUAAUAUCAAUUCGCUGCUAAGUAUUUAUUGGUGAUUCGGAAUAUUCAUUUCCAUGGAAAACUCGGGAACUUAAACAAAAACAUUAGCAUUAUGCACAUCAACUAAAUACCACUAUGAAUUAUUUUAGAGUACCAAUGGCUUGAGGUAGUUUGAAUGCUGAGUGCCGUAAAAAAAAAUCGGUUAAAACUUCGUUUCUGUGGGAAAAUUACUCGUUGUGAAAUAUGUUCUAAAAACCAUCCAAAAUUGUGAAUGAUUAUUGAAUAAACAUAUGAUUACGAUACUUUA